CGAGUCCGGAAGCGGACGGGGGCGGUGGCUGGGGAGGCGGAGACGCCUCUGGCCCGCCGGGGUUGUGGCGCCGUCAGCUCCGCUCUGCUCCGCCGGCCUGUGGCCCGGCCGCCAUGCAGCCUUCGCCCCCAGGCCCGCUGGGCAACUGUCUGCAGGACUGGGACAUACUGCAGCAGGACUUCCAGAGCAUCCAGGAGACCCACCGGCUGUACCGCCUGAAGUUGGAGGAGUUGACCAAGCUGCAGAACAACUGUACCGGUGCCAUUGGUCGGCAGAAGAAGCGCCUCCAGGAACUGGCCCUUGUCCUGAGGAAGUGCAAACGCUCGCUCCCAGCCCAGGAUGAGGAGGCCGCUCAGCAGCUCGAGAACCAGAUCAAGGAACGCCAAGGCCUCUUCUUCGACAUGGAGGCCUACCUGCCUAAGAAGAACGGGUUGUACCUGAGCCUGGUCCUGGGUAAUGUCAACGUGACACUCCUUAGCAAGCAGGCGAAGUUUGCCUACAAGGACGAGUACGAGAAGUUCAAGCUCUACCUCACCAUCAUCCUCAUCCUUAUCUCCUUCACCUGCCGCUUCCUCCUCAACUCCAGAGUAACAGACGCUGCCUUCAACUUUCUGCUGGUCUGGUACUACUGCACCCUGACCAUCCGAGAGAGCAUUCUCAUCAACAAUGGCUCCCGGAUCAAAGGCUGGUGGGUGUUUCAUCACUAUGUCUCCACGUUCCUGUCGGGGGUCAUGCUGACGUGGCCCGAUGGCCUCAUGUACCAGAGGUUCCGGAACCAAUUCCUGUCCUUCUCCAUGUACCAGAGUUUUGUGCAGUUCCUACAGUAUUACUACCAAAGCGGCUGUCUGUACCGCCUGCGGGCCCUGGGCGAGAGGCACACGAUGGACCUCACCGUGGAGGGCUUCCAGUCUUGGAUGUGGCGGGGCCUCACCUUCCUGCUGCCUUUCCUCUUCUUUGGACAUUUCUGGCAGCUUUUUAAUGCGCUGACCCUGUUUCACAUGGCCCGGGACCCAGAGUGUAAGGAGUGGCAGGUGCUCAUGUGUGGCUUCCCCUUCUUCAUCCUCUUCCUUGGCAACUUCUUCACUACCCUGCGGGUCGUGCGCCAGAAAUUCCACAGCCAGUGGCACGGGAGCAAGAAAGAAUGAGGCUUGGGCACCCCCUGCAGACAGCAAGGGGCAGCUUC